AUUAUAAGUCCAUAUUUCUACUAUAAUUCCAUAAACUAUCAAGAUGUCUUCAUCCCGAGAAGGUCGUAUUGAUAAGGGAAAAGGAAAGUCCAAGAGGCCAAGUCGAAAAUCCGUUAUUGAUGAGAUUUCUCAAAGGAACAUGGAUAUGUGGCAGAAUCGAGAAGAGCAAGAUAUGGCCAAUGCUAUUGCUCUCUCCCGCUCUCAAUCCCAAGGCGGACGUGGAUAUGGAGGCGAUGCUUAUGUUGGUAGUGGUAGUGGUGCUCCCGGUCCCGGUGCCUAUUCUCAACAAAUUCCAACCCCGGUGAAUCUUGAUGACGACGAUGAUGACGAGGAGGAAGAGGAGGAGGAGGCGGAAGAGGAACAACAACAAGAAAUGCCACCCCCACCCCCACCACCAAGGAGUCGUCGUGGUCGUGGCAACUCAACUUAA